UCUCGUCUAGUCUAAGUAUGCGAGACUCAUAUUCAAUCUAAUCAGAGAAGGAAACAGAAAAACUAUGUUUCUAAAAAAAUAUGAAGACCGAAAGAAGAUGGCUCUUCAUCAGUGUCCCCUUCCUCGGUCGUGUCCUCUUUUCAGAGGGUUCCGUAUUGAGAAGCUCAACCUCCAGAGGAACAAGCGCAGCAGCUCGUGAAGCACUCAACUGCGUUUUGUGUUUGGAGCCGUUGUUGGCCUCUACUGAUGGUGCCAACUACGCAGAGAACGGGAACUAUGUAGCGCGCGAACACCCUCUACAUGCCUUCCUUGCUCCUCGAAGUGUUGAGCAAGAAGCCCGAAGCACAGACAGUAGUAGCACUACUCUCGAACGUGGUCAAGAUUUAGAACAUAGUAUUAAUCUUUCUUCCACCUCACUCGGAAGUACUACAAUUACAGCUACUAGCGUAGGACAAGAUUUAGAGCAUAACCCAUUGCAGUUGUCUGCUGAACAGAUUAAGCCGUUGAAGGUUGUCACUGUGCGCGAGAGUCCGGCAGACAGGAGCCGUUCUGUCGGAAAUGCCGAGUCUUCUACGAUGAGCAUUAGGAUCGGUGCCGAGUCCGGUCUUUUCUCUCCCUUGUGCGAGGAUAUUCGCGCUCUGCCUGGAUGUCAACACCUUUUUCACAAGAAGUGUCUUGGGAAUCACAUGAAGUUUGUCGCGAAAGAAAUAAUAAAACAGAAGAAUCGAAAUUUACGAGGACGGCGGCAUGCCGGUCACCAUCAAGGGACGUCGAAUGAUAUUGACUCCUGUGCUGGUAUGCACACUUAUCAGUGUCCGCUCUGUCGAAGGGAGAGCAGUCUGGAAAUUACAUCGGUGGAUCCUCGGGAAGCUGAGGCUCCUGUGCCCGAUGCGGCCUCCAGCGACGAUGAUUCUGCCUCACCAAGCACGACCACGCAUCAGCAGGAGAGUCCGUAUAGAGCAGGACUACAAGGCACAUCUCUAGAAGUAAUUGGUGAAAUAUUACAACAGAGUCAGAGUCUUUGCUGUUGUUGUUUUGCUGGACCAGCGUCGUCAUAUCAAAGUGCUGCAGCGCAGUCAAGCUUAGUAUCAUCCCCUUCACCUGCAGCAGCACCAGGCCAUCAACAUGAAGAAACUGAAAGAUCUUUCGCUUGCUCUACUUAAGGCUCCACAAAACCCGACAACCCCACUUCUUAAAGUUGUACUUCUCAAUAAAGGUAAAGCACCCUACCUACGACUAGGUGGAUCCCGUUCUUAAAGUACUGCGCUGGUAGUAUCGGGAUCCUUUCACGGGAUGGGUUAAGGGUAGCGCUAAUCUGCGCUGUCUUCUUUAUCGACUCGAGCUUUCGACAAAGCCAUUUCUGGUGCCAGUGCCUGCUUGCCGAAUCUUGCAGUGGACACGCUGAAGCUCUUGCGUCGUCCACCAGUAGCUCUAACAUGUUUUUCAUGGGCCCAGGGUGUGGUGAUACUUACGGCAGGCACAGAAGUUGAAGUGUAAAGUUGUACCUGUAGCUCGUACUUGUACUUGAAUCAGACAGCAUGGGCGACACUUGAUGAAGAAGUUAAAGUUUAUCGGUGGAUCCUAUGUAUGCUUGAAUCCGAGGCAUACGUUUUACAGGGAGGACAACAUUAAGUGACUUUUCUUCUCCGGUGACCAAGAUCAACAUUUUCUAACAUACCUUGCCUAGCCCUGUGCAGGUGCCCGGAGCUCGCGUGCUCGUGCUGUGUCGGGUGUUAUUGCUACUGUGGUGCUAUCUGUUGCGAGCUAUGGGGUCGAUAUCACAGAGAGGACUCAUCUGAUGACUUUUAUUCUCCUGCAAGUACAGCCGACGACACAACAGAUGUUGGACGUCAGAGAAGUGAAACAGGUACAGGAGGUCGUGGAAGUACAGAAAGAAGCUCGACAUCCACCACGUCUCAAGUUUCAUCCUCAUCUACAUCUUCAAGUUCAACCUCCAGCAGGGAGCCACUACCUGACGUUGUGUUGACUAUAUUAAGCCAAGAACCUGCUGCUUUCGAAGGACUGAAUACUGAUGAUUUGGCACGUCUUUCUUAUUUAAGUAGAUCAAGCGCAAGAGGUACUUCAUCUGCCUCUACGCCAGCUUCAUCAUCUUCUUCUAGUCCUCAGCAACGACCCAGAAUAGCUGCAGCAACUACACCAAUAAGAUGGACCAUACCCAUAGCACAUCAAAGAAACGGAAGGCAAGCCUCUAGAGGACGUACAGCCGGUAGAGGCCGUACAGCCAGAGGAAGAGUCGGAGGAACUAGCACACCAUUACUCGCGAUAUAUGAUUAGGGCUCAAAAUAUUUCAUUUCCACAGGUUCUUUUCUUUAGUCAGAACCCUAAACCCUAAAUCCUUCUUGGGAGUCAGAAGAACUGGAACGUAGGAAAUGCAACGUUAUGAGCUCUAAUAAGAAGCAGGGGAAUCGUCAGAAGAUUCUGGUGGGGAGGAGGUUAAUUGA